ACAAUAACUCAGAUCCUCCUCCCAUCCUCACAAAUCCCAGCAAUAUGUUUUCCGUCAAAAGAGUCAGAAUCAGAAUCAGAACUCUAGAAGAAUCCUCGAGCCAGGAAUCAUCUGCCCACAUUGUAGCCUCCAAUGAUGACCUCCUAUCGGAGCUUCUUCUUCGCCUUCCCAUCAAAUCACUCCUCAAAUUCAAAUCUGUCUCCAAACAUUGGCUCUCCCUCAUCACUGAUCCCCAUUUCUCUCGCCGCAAAAACCUUAAGCCUAACCCUGUCUCCGCCCUCUUCUUGCACCGCCCUUCCCCGGUCACCAACCUCCUUUUCAGCUUUGUUCCUCUCGACCCUUUGCAGACUAGCGCACCCUUCACAUCUCUCACUUUUGUGGACCACCCUCGUGGUAUAGAAAUUCUACAGUCUUGUAACGGUUUGUUCUGUUGUUCCAGCGUUGAUUACAAUGAUUCUGAGCGCAAAUAUUACAUUUAUAAUCCAACCACCAAGCAAUUCACAACCCUUCCUCCGCUCUGUGGCCGUUCUGUCAGGCGGGUUUUGGGGGUCAAUUUAGCUUUCGACCCUUCCAAAUCACACACCUACAAAGUUGUUUGCGUUCAGCGCUGCAAAUCAUCUUAUGAUCAUUGUCAGAUUCAGAUUUAUUCAUCAGAAACGGGGCCUUGGAGAGUUUCUGGAGUUCCCUUCGCUGCACCCAUUUCGGUAGAUUUUCCCAGUGGAGUUUACUGGAAUGGUGCAAUACAUUGGAUUAGUCCAAGGGAAGCUUCACUAUAUUUUGAUCUGAACGAAGAGCUUGUUCGAGAAAUGCCAAUGCCUCCUGUUCCUGAUGAUUCUAAUGAGAGGGGGAUUAGAUAUUUUGGUGAGUCUUGUGGCCAUUUACAUCUUGUGGAAAUUUACGAAAGUUCUACAACACAAUUUAAUGUGUAUGAGAUGGAGAGAGACCAUUCUGGGUGGUUUGUGAAGUUUCGAGUUGAUCUUAAUGGGGUCGCCCUGGCAUUUCCUGGCAUAAUAGAGGGCUACCAUGAGGAAGAUGACUACAUGUACUCAUUUUCAGUACUGUGUGUUGUUAGAAGAGAAAAAGAGGAGGAUUCAUUUCUAGCUCUGCAUUUACCUGGUAAGGUUAUAGGGUACAAUUUUAGUAGUAAGAGUUACCAGACCAGUGACACUGAUUCUCCAUUAGCAUUUGGGUGGUCUUAUGCCUUUCAAUACAUUGAGAGUCUUUCUCUUGUGUGA